AUGGCGCAACCGAUUCCACAUCACAUCGCCCCCUCGGCGAACCCGAAGCAGUUCGUGCUCUGCUUCGAUGGCACUGGAAACAAGUUCGCCGGUGACGAUUCCGACAGCAAUGUCUUGAAAAUCUUUCGCAUGCUGGACCGCAGCCAAAGUCACCAAUACCAUUACUAUCAACCAGGUAUCGGUACCUACGUGACGACCAAGUCGCUCAGCAGCCAUGGUCGAGUUCAGCGCCUUAAGUCCUGGUAUCAAAAGGCUAAGGACUCUGCUAUUGGCUCUUCCUUCGAUGAGCACGUUAUGGGUGGUUACAAGUUCUUAAUGCGAUACUACUCUCCUGGCGACGAGAUCUUUUUUAUCGGCUUCAGUCGCGGCUCUUACAUCGCGCGAUUCCUCGCCGAGAUGCUGGACUAUAUUGGUCUGCUUGAAGCCGGGAACGAAGAGCUGGUCCGCUUUGCCUGGAAGACGUUUGCCAAGUGGCAGCAGCGCUCAGGCGACACCGAGGAGGAACAGGAGGAAAAGAAGAAGCUCUUCGAGUACAUGAAGGCCUUCCGUGAAACCUUCAGUCGUCCAAUCUCAAGGAUCCGUUUCAUGGGUCUCUUCGAUACUGUCAAUAGUGUACCGCGCUUCGAGAAUGCUUGGAUGCAGCGCAGCAAGUUCCCCUACACCGCGCGCAGUUCCGCUCGCGUCAUUCGACACGCUGUCGGUAUCGAUGAGCGUCGCGCAAAGUUCCGCCAAGAUUUGAUUUCGGGUGCACGUCCAAAGGAAAAUCGACACAAGCACCGUCGCCAUCACUUCGGUCCUCACCGACUCGAGCAGCACCUCCAUCGCCACGAAGAUACCAACCACCACUUACAUAUCCGACACCAAGACCACCCAAAUGGCAAGGCCAAUGCCAAUGCCAAUACAAAUGCCGACCAAGUCCCCUCGAUCCGCCUGGAUGAUGGCACGAAUGGUGUCCCCACCGAAGUGAAUGCCCCGGAAACCCCAGUCGAUGCUCCAGCUUUCCAAACCCCCGGGUGGGGACCUGGUCCUGGCGAAACCUACUACCACCCCGCGCAUUCAUCUCAUGCUGGAAGCGAGGCUAAUCAUGGCGAGAAGCACAAUCGCUAUCGUGCCCCCUCUCCCCGACGCAACAGCCUUCUUGUUCCCAACCCGAACCAAUCGACCGACGACGUGACAUCUGUUCGUAGCGGACAUUCGGGACUCUCCAUCGUAGUUCCCAGCCACGACGGGGACUAUGAUAGCGAUGAGGAUGAACAAGAUAUCCACGAGGUCUGGUUCCCUGGCUGCCACGCUGAUAUUGGUGGAGGAUGGAAGUUGGAUAAUGGCGAGCGGUGGGCGCUGAGCCAUGCGCCCUUGGUCUGGAUGGUGCAGGAAGCUCACAAGGCCGGUCUGGAGCUAGACGAGCGCAAAAUGAAGCAUUUCCAGUGCUUGGAAGAAUAUGACGGCGACUAUAGUCCCAUCCGCGCCGAAAUUGCCGCCCGUCGGCCAAGCCAACAGCCCCAGGAGGACCCUGACGCUUUCCGUGAGACCCCCAACGAGAAGCAGCGCUCUGCUGCAAGCCGCGACUUCUGGAAUGCCCUGCACACUUCCAGUACCGCGGGUCUUCUCCACGACUGCUUGGAAUUCAACCAAGGUCUUCCACCCAUGUCGGUUCUCUCCUGGCGCAUCAUGGAAUGGCUGCCAUUCCGCCGUAUGGACCUUCAGUCUGACGGAUCCUGGAAGCCGAUCUGCUGGCCGCUGCCUCGUGGUGAGGUCCGUGAUGUCCCGCUCGACGCGGAGAUUCACGUUUCCGCCAUUCGUCGCAUGCAACAUAACCCCCAGUACCGUCCUGGCAACGUGAUUGUUGGUGGCGGUGGCCGCGGUGUGCGUUUUGCACCUGAGGAGCACGGCAUGGGCGAUUGGGUGAUUUUCCGCAAUGAGGGUGACAAGGUGCGCGAGACAUACGUACGAAAGGACCAGGCGACCAAAUGCCAGGAGAAGCUUGAGUCCGAUCAUGAGCACCCAUAA